AUGGCCCCGUCUGCCAACACCACACCGGCCAACACCACAACCCCAGCCGUCGUCAGCACUGCGGCCAAGGUCCAGCAACCCAAACCCCAGGCCCUCCCAUCGCGUUCAGGCCCGAGCUCCAUCCUAGUCUCGCCACGCCAAAAGGGCAAUCCAAUCCUCAACAAUGUGCGUGCCGUGGCCUGGGAAUACUCAGACAUCCCCGCCGACUAUGUCGUCGGCGCAACCACAUGUGCCCUCUUCCUCUCGCUCAAAUACCACCGCCUGCACCCAGAGUACAUCUACAACCGCAUCAGAGACCUCAAGGGCCAGUAUUCGCUGCGCAUCCUGCUGACAAUGGUCGACAUUGAGAACCACGAGGAGCCAUUGCGCGAACUGUCCAAGACAUCCAUUGUCAACAACGUCACCGUCAUGCUGUGUUGGAGUGCAAAUGAAGCGGGCCGCUACCUCGAGCAGUUCAAGAUCUUCGAGAAUGCUGCGCCCACCAGUAUUCGCGCCCACCAGUCGGGCAGCUACGCGGAGAAGAUGGUCGACUUUAUUACCGCGCCACGGAGCAUCAACAAAACAGACGCUGUCGGCCUGGUCUCCAACUUUGGCAGUAUUCGCACCGCCAUCAACGCUACGCCGGAGGAGAUUGGCUUGAUCGCGGGAUGGGGUGACAAGAAGGUGCAGCGCUGGCACAACGCCGUCAGGGAGCCCUUCAGAGUCAAAAAGGCUGCGAGACGAGUCCUCAGUCGGGAAGACACUCGGGCGACCAUGUCGGGAAACGAGUCCAUGGCAGAAGGGAGCGAUCCUACCCCACGGGAUACCGCCAGUGACACUGCACAUGGGAGAGUGGGCGAGGCUGUGCCACUGGCUAUGGAAAUGCAGACAACCCCUUUGGAUACAAGCGCAUCAGAUGCAGACAAGCGGCCUGCUCAUCGGCCAGCAGAUCCUGUCAACCCUCUUCAGGCGGCUGCAGACGACGAAGAUGCGAUACGCCACGUCGAGAGAGAGCAGACGACCACGAAGCAAAGCCAAUCAGAAACAUCUCAUGCAAUGAAGAGGAAGCAAGCAGACGAACAUGUCAGUGAAGCGGUCAUGGCAGCGCUCAAUAAGCUGAGGAACAACUACCUUGAUUUGUCAGAUCUAAAGGCUGUACGACAAGCGACGCGGGCUUUAGGGCACAAUUCAUCAUUAGCCCUUUUUCGAAGCAUCGUCGCAUGCGCACGAUAUCAAGGCCUCAGUGCCUACGAAAACGUCGCGAACCAUCCAAGCUACUCAAAAUGUGUACAAGAGAUCGUCUUCGAUGGAUCGUCUUUCGUGGAGAACUUCGCAAAAUGCGCCGACUUGUACUUCCGGGCCCAAAUGAACUUCCCUGAGCUUGAUGCAUCAAGCCCACUGUACGGAAGAACGAGAUGGAAAAGAUAUCAAAUGCUUUAUCAGGAACAGCAAGAUCUCAAGGCCAGCGGCGUGUUGUUGCAGACCCUUAAACGUGGCUUGGAUCGCAUGCCAAACGUCACCUCAGUUGUGUACUCGCCACAUGCACGUCUUCUCUCAACUGAGCGCAAGGACAUGCGCGAUAUUGUUCCCGUAGGCUUCAUCUGCUACCCAACAGCACACUCACGUCGAGCCUACACUACACCGGACCACGCAUUUCGGUAUCUGAUGGAGGCCAUUUUUCUGUCCAACUUGACGAGUAUCCGUCGGUUGAAGGUUGAGAGCGUGCUUGAGAGCGUGUGGAAGAAAGAACCCGCUACCGAAUUCUCAUCAGAGAUGUUCGAUCUGCCCACAGAAGCAGUAAUGCAAGCUGGACGACACCUCUUCCGUAACCUGACUGACAUCGAAUUGAACAUGGCUCUGCGUGACUUCAAUUUCGAACAUAUGCGUCCGGCUGCGCAACGAACAUUUGUUCCGUUUGAGAGUCGAUGGUCUAAUCUGGCAGAACUCCUUGCUACUGCCAAGGACCUACAACAUUUAACUCUUGAUGUUACCAUGACUCAAUUCAAUGAUGAUCAGUGUCUGGAUAUAAAGAGGCUUCUCUACCAUCAGUCUAAAGGGCAAACAUGGGCAAAGUUGCAAACAAUGAGCUUAGGAGGCCUACAUGCACGCCAGUCUGAUUGGAUUGAUUUGGUCAAAGAUCAUUCCGGGACGCUGAAGAGUCUCACCUUUCGACGCUGCAGAAUGGUGUCGGGGUUUUGGGUGGAAGUCGUUAAUGAAGUUGUCUGUAACUCAACCAUCAGCUCAUUUGUGCUGGAUCUCGUGGAUGAGCCUUAUUUACUUUGGGCUCAAACAGAUCGAGCACAAUGGCAGUACGAGGGUCAUCUUGUCAUGGAAGAUGGCGGACGCAACUUUGUCGACACUAAUCCCAUGAAGAAGUCGUUAUAUUCAUUUCGCAGCAGACUUGUUGAGUAA